GCACAGAACACACCUACCGAGCUGGUGGCGGUGAGGGAAAGAAUGAUUCGAAGGUGGGGUACAUACUAAUCGCAUGUGUGCUACUCCUGCUUCUCAUCGGAUUGAUCUAUUUUAUUGGAUUUUCUGGAAGUUCAAGUGUGGAGCCAACCAGUGGGGAGGCAGGAGGCAGCGGUGGCGGCGGUGGCGGUGACUCCGGAAGCUACUCGGGUGGGGGCGCGUAUCAAGCACGGCCUCCGACCACGAAAGGCACUGCAACUGACCCUGGCGUAGCGAGCACAUCAUCAUCAAAACCACGAAAAACGAAACCAUUGCCAACAGCACCACGCCUACCACCUCCUUCAACUACUACACUUCCUCCGGGGAAACAGACCAUGUUAUCGUGCACGGUCGGGCACCACGCCGUGAUGAUGGAUUUGGUGCCCCCCGAUGGAACAUGCGACAACAUAUUCUACACGGACGUCUUCUUCAACGACAAGAACAACAAGAUAGAGCCACUGUACAGCGACACCGCCUUCAAUGUGGUCCGGUCCGCCGCAUCGACGUACUCAAAGACAACGUUCGGAACUUCGAUGUAUCCGGGGACCAUUGGCCAAUUGAUACGCAGCAAACAGCUGGAGGUUCAGAACGCUAUGACCAAACUCUUCAACGCCAACUUCGUGCACUUCGGCAUGCUGAAUGUAGAUGAUAUAGAGGACUACGACACGCUCAAAGGUGGCCCACUCCGGUACUUGGACAUUGUGGGAGAUUUCCUAAAUACACCUGGCCACCACUGCGCCUUGGGAGUAGGAGUCGUCAAUGGAAGACCAGGUGCACUUAUCCUGGACAAAGCCAAACUAGCCACCCAACAUUUCCCCAAGAUAACCAUGAUCGUCAUCAAAGUACACACGGAAAGAGCCAAAAACCUUGGACGGCUGUACCCUAUUGCACCGAACCCCGAUUCUGUGAACACAACCUCUUACAUCACGCUGUCAUUGCCGUUACUGGGCAAGAAUGUAAAGCAGCGUCUGCAAGAACUGACCGAGAGUAACCUGACCGAGAGCCGCCGGCGCUACGCCCUGCUAUCGUUCGCCAUGUUCGCGCGGACGUACCGUAUGCCGAAGAGGUGGACUGAUGCCGGCAAUAGAAACACCCCCGCUCAAAAAGGCGCCAUCAUGGAAUACCGGAUGGUAUGCCGGUACAGCAACAUUGCGAAUGAGCCCCUGUACAAGGGUUCCUCAUACGUGGCGAACACGACCACCAAGUUUCUGGCAAUUUUCGACACCACCAAGAAUGUAAAAGACAUGAUCGCCUUACGCAAGAGAUACGAAAUGCCAGCCAGAUUCGGGGGCAUAAUGGCUUAUCGAGCGGACAUGGACGAUUACGCCGGCAGCUGCGGCGAAGGAGUGUUCCCUCGACUCAAAGUCCUCAAGAGCCAGCUGUUGAAGUGACGUAGCGUUUUCAUUCGCUCAAUAGGGUGGCAGCUCCAAAGUGUCGGUCACCACAUGAGCUCGCUUUAUUGCUGGACAAGGCGUGAAGCCCAGGCCUCAUAUCUCAGAGGGUCACGAGGCAACCGCAUAGAACAUUUCGCUUUGUCUGCUUGUUUCUUGCUCUUCCUUCUUCAACGUAUAUAAAAAAUGGUAUUUUUCGAUCUA